CCUGGGUCCCCUCUUCCUCCCAACACACCGAUCGUCACGUCACUCGCCGUCGGUCUUUGCCUUGCCGCGGAGAACUGAUUUUUAGUCCCAGGAGUUGGAGGCUGCCGAGAACAAGGCGCAUUUUCGUGGCCGCCCACUCCUUUCCUGCUCAACCCUCGCGACAAUCAGGAACCACGCCGACUGCAUCGAAACCGAAUCCCCAGUCCCGAAGAUAGCCCAGCCCUUGGAGGUCAAGAUGUCUUCCCGACAUGCUGUGGGUGGUGCCAAGCACCGUCUCAUGUCAGAAAUGCAGAAUCUGGCAAAGGAGAAAUGGGUCAACAUCGAUGCUGAGAUGACGUUCACCGAGGAGUACCCCUACCAGCCGCCCACGUUCCGAUUCCUGCUUCCGAUCUACCAUCCAAACAUCUAUCCCGACGGCAAACUCUGCAUCUCCAUCUUGCACAACCCUGGUGACGACAUCACAUCAGGCGAACAGGCCAGCGAGCGCUGGUCGCCAUUGCAGGGUGUCGAAUCCGUAUUGCGAUCUGUACUUCUCUUGCUUGACGACCCCGAGAUCAACUCUCCAGCCAACGUCGACGCCAGUGUGUGCUACCGAGACGAGCGUUCCGUCUACGACAAACGAGCCAGGGAAACCGUUGAGAAGUCGAAGGCUGAUAUUCCCGCCGACUUCGAAAUGCCCACCAGCCUAGAGCCACCCCCGCCUCCCAAGUCGGCCGACGACGAUGCAGAAUUCUGGGCCGAGAGCGACGAGGAGCUCGACUUUGGUGGCAGUGACACGGACGAUGCUGAGGACUUCGACGACGAUGCCGAGGAUAACAGUGACGACGACGAUAUCAGGUAGACGGUCCUUCAUUCCCGGAGAGAAUUCAUUGCCAGUCAUGGCAUGCCCAUUCUCAUCCUCACGUGGCGCAUAUGGGCGAUCUCCUGAACUUCUCAGCGUGCUCCUGCAUAGCGUCUAUCACGGCGUUUUUUGAUUUCGUCAUUGCAUUAUUGGUUGGAGUUCUGUCGUUAGGUAUUGGAUGGAGCACUCAGCUUUCGUUUGGUGUUUUCGCGGGAGUUUUCUAAACCUGUACGCCUCCAAAGGGAGCUUAUGGCGCUACACAUGGGAAUUCGCUGGAUUCGAGACAC